AUGGUGAUCUUGUCCAAAGGUUCAUCCUUAAUUGAGACCGCAGAGUUCAUGAGAAACACCUUUAUCGCCGACCCCAAGCGCUUCACACCAUUGUCGACACACAAAUAUAACACCCAUAUUCUGAGGAGUAUGAAGAAUGGGCGAGCGCAGAUGCAUAAGGCGGCACGCGGCGCAGAGGUCCUCGCGGGUACGACACAGGUCAAAUCGCUGGGUCUGUGGUGGCUCCGAAGAGAUCUCCGUACGGCAGACAACGAGGCCCUGACCGGCGCCUGCCGCCAGGCUGACGCGGUGCUGCCCGUCUUCUGUUUCGACCCGCGUGCCGUACAGCCCCGACGGGAGGCGCCUGAGGGGCUGGGAGUGCCCAAACUGGGGCCUCUGCGAUGCAG